AAAUUUUGUUACUAAAGCCAUGAACGAAUUACUAACUACUGCGCAUCCGUCUCAAUCUCUUCCUAGCGCACAACAGGAUAAGACCAGUACACCAUCAAUAUGUUCAAGUUCAGGUUGAUUUUUGCGGUUUUCCUGGCAUCGGGAGCCUCGGUCAGGAGUUUGAAUCCACAGAAUAAAAAGCUUCACCAGGAAGUAGACCGGAGACUCCGGGAGAUGGGACAGGUUGCACAUGCGAAUUUCUCGAAUAUCAUUAAAGAGCUUGAUGUCUAUCGCACGGAAUUGGUGAAGAAUAUAAUCUACGACGCUAGCCAGAAUUACCAAAAGGUCGACAGGUUCCAGCAAGAGUACGUGGCGAUCAUAACUGGUGCAGCUGCCAAUUCACCAGUGAAACUACAGAAAAGAGCAGCAUCAGCACCGAAACCUGGUGGAUGCGAAAUAGAUCCCAUGGCAGAUGUGUGGCAUCGGGGACAAAAUACCAAUCGUAUUAUCACUCAAUGCGUUCUCAAGUACCUCAAAUCGGCAGAUAAAGCUAUCAACGAAGUACAUAACGCGGAGCGUGAGUUUGUUCAUAAGUUAUACGAUAUUGAAGUCAGGCUCGAGCAGUGCAACACUCAUCACGGAAAACUUCCCGGAGGAGAUGAUUUAGCCACCAACUGCAUCCAAAAGGUUGAUGUGGCUUCUCAGGAACUGGCCAAUAAAGUUCUGCCACAGGUCUGGGAACAUUUUCAAGUGGUCGAGGACUUCUAUCAUCAUGAUGAAACCAAUGUACAACAUUGCGCCAAGGAGGCCGGUAUCGAUUAUUUCGAGAUGAGGGAGAGACCUGAAUUACAUCAGCAUAUGCAGCUGUGUCACCAUUUAUAAUAGAAAAUAAUCGUCAAUUAAUUGUUAUUGUUGUUCAUUAUUCAAAUGUAAUAUCGCUUUUUUGUUAAUAUCAAUGAUAAUUGAGUCCUGGUAUUUCGGAAUAAAAUUGUUUUCAGCAA